GUUGCUCUUUGUUGACAGCUCGCCGGAAGUUCGCAGCAGCAGCUUCCUGUUCGCUCUCCGCUCUCCUCUCUGUUUUUCUCCUCCGUGAAUUAAAAACACUUUUUUUUAAACACAUUUAAAAUCUGCAGCGUGAGUCGGACCCGGAGGUUCAUGACAGGAUGGAGGAAUAUCAGAACGGCAGCGAGGGAUCUUUCAACUCUGAAGAAACUGACGGCAUCGUCAAAGAGUGCAUCGAGAGCGUCGUGGCCGGUGACGACUACAGCCAGAGUCAGGUGAACAAAUGGACCGCGAGCAUCGUGGAGCGCUGCCUCACGCAGCUCGUCAAACAGGGGAAACCGUACAAAUACAUCGUGACGUGUGCUGUGAUGCAGAAAACCGGAGCGGGCCUCCACACAGCUAACUCCUGCUACUGGGACACUGCCAUGGACGGAAGCUGCACCGUGAGAUGGGAGAAUCGCACCAUGUACUGUGUCGUCAGUGUGUUCGCUGUGGCUAUCGCAUAAGACACACACACACACACACAUAUCGCCACAGAAAGAGUGCAGUAUGUUCCUGCGAACGCCAGGGGGCCACCAUGUGCCACAUGAGUCCACAUCCACACAUCAGCCCUCAGAUGCAUGUAAACAUCGUCGUCUUAACGUAUUUAUCUCCUCGUAUCACAGCAGCGCUUUAAUAUUUGGCCGUAUUUAAUCACCCGGUGAAGCCUGACAGCAUGCAGCAGCUUCAAACGACACAUUCAGACGGAUCCUUUCGUGUUUUGUUUUAUUUUGUGAAUCAAGUCGACGAGAGAGAGAAAGAGGAUUUUUUGGAAAAUAAACGAAGAGAUUUAUGAA